GGUGCGUGUGCUUUGGAUGACAGUGUGAGGGAAUGGAUGAAUAGGGUCUCCAACUCAGGAGUCGAUGACCAGACUUCCAGUUCAGAGACGAGUGAUCCGCUCGCGAGAUCUAAACGCGAUUCCAAUGGUAACAGUUAUGGCAAUAAUAAUAAUUAUCGGCAUAACUUCUGGACGACGGCUUUCGAAGCUCAGGGACGUAUCGGUCCCGCCAUCAAACCUCAGCAGUCGAUCCCACGCGACACGCCGUUCGUGCCGACCCGUCGGGCCUGUAGUCUAUACAUACAGACCGAUACAUACCUCUGGGACCACAUCAAGAAGAACGAGCCGUCGGACGCCAAGGCCCGAGAGGAGAUCGCGUCGCUCGUCGCCCAACACAUCAAAGCCGUGAACCAUAUCUACGAGACGUCGGUCUUCAAAGACAUCUAUGGCCUCAAGUUUAUCGUUCAGAGGCUGAAGAUCAACGACUCGUCGGCCUGUGAUAGCACUCACAAGCGGGAGACCAAUCAGUUCUGUUCGCCGAACAUCGAUGUCUCCAAUUUCCUGAAUCUCAACUCACAGUUCAAUCACAACGACUUCUGUUUGGCCUAUAUUUUCACGUAUAGGGACUUCAGCGGCGGCACCCUUGGCCUGGCCUGGGUUGCCAGCACCUCAGGGGCGUCGGGAGGUAUUUGCGAGAAAUACAAGUCCUAUACGGAGAACAUCGGGGGCCGUCAGGUGCAGACCAAACGGAGUCUCAACACCGGUAUCAUAACAUUCGUGAACUAUAACAGUCGAGUGCCGCCCAAAGUGAGUGAACUGACGCUCGCCCACGAGAUCGGACAUAACUUCGGGUCGCCCCACGACUACCCCGUGGACUGCCGGCCCGGCGGCUCCCAAGGGAACUACAUUAUGUACUCGUCGGCCACGUCGGGCGAGCGGCCAAACAAUAAUAAGUUCUCGUUCUGUUCGGUGAACAACAUAUCGUCGGUAUUGCACGCAGUGUUCAACAACGAGGGUAAGGAUAACUGCUUCCAAGAGGAUAACGGGCCCUUCUGUGGCAAUAAGAUCGUGGAAGAGGGCGAGGAGUGUGACUGCGGGUACGACAUGAAGGAGUGCAACGAGAAGUGCUGUUAUCCGCGAGAGAUCGAGACGUUCAGAGCCCGUGAGCCCUACGCCAAGCCGUGCCAUAGGAGGCCAGGAUUCAAGUGCUCGCCAUCGCAGGGCCCCUGUUGUACAGAGAGCUGCGAUUUUGAGGGCAAAAGCAAACAAUGCCGACACGAGUCCGAGUGCUCGUACGAGGCGUUGUGCUCGGGCUUCUCGCCCCACUGUCCCCGUCCGCCCGCCAAAGACAAUAAGACUGAAUGCAACGGCGGAACUCAGGUUUGUUGGGCCGGGGAGUGCGUCGGCUCUAUCUGCCAGAAGUACGACUUCGAGGAGUGCUUCCUGACCGCCAAACGCGGCUCCAAACCGGACGAGAUGUGCGAAGUGGCCUGUCAGCGGCCUAACGUGUCCGACACGUGUCGACGCACGUCCGAUAUCGACGCCAUGAGCGGCAUAUCGGGCCUUAAGCUGCGUCCCGGCUCGCCCUGCAAUGACUUCCAGGGCUAUUGUGAUGUUUUCCAGAGGUGUAGGGCGGUGGACGCCGAGGGACCGCUCGCGCGACUCAAGAAUCUGUUACUUAACCAGAAGACUCUCAUGAGUAUUAAGCAAUGGGUGACUACUUAUUGGUGGGCCUGUAUGUUGAUGUUAGUGGCGAUUAUGCUAUUCAUGGCCGCAUUCAUCAAGUGCUGUGCCGUUCACACCCCGAGCUCUAACCCCAAAAAGCGACCGGCGCUCAGACUCAGCGACACAUUGCGAAGACCUGCCGAUACUCUGAGGAGAAAGAGCCAUACUCUGGGCGAACAGGGCUUUGCCAUCACAACCCUUGAUGUGGUGUUGUUGUGA